GUCAGCUGCUCUGUCCUCCUCGCUCUCCGCUCUGGGCUCGAUUGCUCGCGCCUGUUCAAAGAUGGCGCCGGGAAAGUCGUUUGUUAACAUGGGAUUGAAGUAUGUUUGAAAGCCUCAUCCGGACGGCCUGUGUCAUCAGAUUACUCCGCAUAUCAGGACGAAACGUUCGCGUCAGACCGGAUUUUCGGCUGGUGUCCUCUGUACCUGUCAGAAUGACGGAUCCCGCUGUGCAGAGGGUCGUCAGUGAAAUAGUCCGCUCUCCCGAAGACAAGAGGGUCUACAGAGGCUUGGAGUUCAGCAAUGGUCUGAAGGCCAUGCUCAUCAGCGACCCGACGACAGACAAAGCCUCCGCUGCUUUGGACGUCCACAUUGGUUCCCUCUCAGACCCGGAGAACAUCUCAGGUCUGGCCCACUUCUGUGAACACAUGCUGUUCCUGGGAACGGAGAAGUAUCCCAAAGAGAACGAGUACAGCCAGUUCCUCAGCGAGCAUGCUGGGAGCUCCAACGCCUUCACCAGCGGGGAGCACACCAACUACUACUUUGAUGUCUCCCAUGAGCACUUGCAAGGAGCUCUUGACAGGUUUGCCCAGUUCUUCCUGUGUCCUUUGUUUGAUGAGAGCUGUAAGGACAGAGAGGUGAACGCUGUGGACUCUGAGCAUGAAAAGAACCUGAUGAAUGACGCCUGGAGGCUGUUUCAGCUGGAGAAGGCUACAGGCAACCCAAACCACCCUUUCAGUAAAUUUGGAACAGGAAACAAGCUGACUCUUGAGACCAGACCGUCCAACGAAGGCAUUGAUGUUCGUCAGGAGCUGCUGAAGUUCCACUCCACAUAUUACUCUGCUAACCUGAUGGGACUCUGUGUGUUAGGACGAGAGUCGCUCGAUGAGCUGACAUCAAUGGUGGUGAAGCUGUUUGGAGAAGUAGAAAACAAGAAUGUUCCUGUCCCAGAAUUCCCUGAGCAUCCCUUCCAGGAGGAGCACCUCAGGCAAUUCUAUAAAGUAGUUCCUAUCAAAGAUAUAAGGAACUUGUACGUGACCUUCCCGAUCCCAGACCUCCAGAGGUACUACAAGUCUAACCCUGGGCAUUAUCUGGGUCAUCUGAUUGGCCACGAAGGACCUGGAAGUUUGUUGUCAGAGCUGAAAGCUAAAGGCUGGGUGAACACACUUGUUGGAGGACAGAAAGAAGGAGCCCGCGGUUUCAUGUUCUUUAUCAUCAACGUGGAUUUGACCGAGGAAGGCCUUUUGCACGUUGAGGACAUCAUAUUCCACAUGUUCCAGUACAUCCAGAAGCUACGCACUGAAGGGCCUCAAGAAUGGGUGUUUGAAGAAUGCAAGGAUUUAAGCAAAGUGGCCUUCCGGUUCAAGGACAAGGAGCGACCCCGUGGCUACACCUCGAAAGUGGCCGGUUUACUGCAUUAUUACCCUCUUGAAGAAGUUCUGGCAGCAGAGUAUCUUCUAGAGGAGUUCAGACCAGAUCUGAUUGAGAUGGUGCUUGAUAAGCUGCUUCCAGAGAAUGUCAGGGUUGCGGUGGUGUCCAAGUCAUUUGAGGGGCAAACAGACAAAACAGAGGAGUGGUACGGCACGCAGUACAAGCAGGAGGCUAUCUCCAACCAGACCAUCCAGAAAUGGGCCAGCGCAGACCUCAAUGGAAAAUUCAAACUGCCAAUGAAGAAUGAGUUCAUCCCCACCAACUUUGAGAUUUACCCCCCUCCAAAAGAUUCUCCUCCAGUUCCCACCCUAAUCAAGGAUACUGCGAUGAGUAAAGUGUGGUUUAAGCAGGAUGACAAGUUUUUUCUUCCAAAGGCAUGUCUGAACUUUGAGUUCUUCAGAUGUAAGUCUUCCCCGCCUCAAAGCCUUCAUACCACAGCUGUUGUCACGGUUACACAUUGAAGCUCUCAUCCAUGGAAACAUUACCAAGGAGUCUGCGCUGAGCAUGAUGCAGAUGGUGGAGGACACGCUCAUUGAGCAUGCUCACAUCAAGCCCCUCCUACCCAGUCAGCUGAUUCGGUACAGAGAGGUUCAAGUUCCAGACGGCGGCUGGUUUGUUUACCAACAGAGGAAUGAGGUUCACAACAACUGUGGCAUUGAAAUCUACUACCAGACGGACAUGCAGACCACUCAUGACAACAUGCUGCUGGAGCUCUUCUGCCAGAUCAUCUCUGAACCCUGCUUCAACACCCUCAGAACCAAGGAGCAGCUGGGUUACAUAGUGUUCAGUGGACCCCGGCGAGCUAAUGGGGUGCAGGGCCUGCGCUUCAUCAUCCAGUCAGAGAAGGCCCCCCACUACCUGGAGAGCCGCGUGGAGGCGUUCCUCCUCUCCAUGGAGAAGGUCCUGGAGGAGAUGAAUGAGGAGGCCUUCCAGAAGCACAUCCAGGCUCUGGCUAUCCGCCGACUGGACAAGCCCAAGAAGCUGUCUGCUGAGUGUGCCAAGUACUGGGGCGAGAUCAUCUCUCAGCAGUACAACUUCGACAGAGAUAACAUUGAAGUGGCUCAUCUGAAGACUUUGACAAAGGAAGCUAUCAUUAACUUCUACAGAGAGCGUCUGACGGUGCAGGCUUUGAAGAGACACAAGGUUUCUGUGCACGUCCUCUCCAGAGAGAUGGACUCCUGUCCAAUAGUGGGGGAGUUUCCUUCCCAGAAUGACUUCAACCUGGCUCCGGCCCCCUCCCUCCCACAGCCCACGCAGAUUCAGGAUAUGACGGAGUUCAAGAGGAGCCUGCCGCUCUUCCCUCUGGCCAAACCUCAGAUCAACUUCAUGGCUGCCAAACUGUGAGCCAGCACAUGAAGAUGGCGGCCUGAAGUCACAGGAGGUUCAAAGCUGUAAUCCCCAUCUGGUCUUUCAUCAGGAAGAAGUUGAUGUGACUGAGCCUGCAUGAGUGUGUGUAGAUGUGAAUGCAUGAGGAGCAGGCUGCAGCCUCUAGACCAGAUGUUGGAGCAUAUUAGAAUCCGUGAACUAGCCGUGGAUGUUUCAAUAACUGUGGUUUUCUCACGUUUAGAGGAAACCACCAUGCUUCACAGGAAAUAGAAAGGAGCUUUCCCCAGCAGAGAGGAUUCUGUUUGAGAAUGUGUUAUUGAUUAGUGAUAGUUAAGAAGAGUUUAUCAUCUUUUAUUUGUUUGACUUGAAAGUGUACUGAAAAUGUUCUAAUAGAAGAUACGCUCAGUCAGACAGGAUAUUUUACUCGGAUGUCUGCAUUUUCAAACCCUUAUCUCUAUAGUUUUACUCCCAGCUUGUUUUUAAACAACUGAAGAGCGGUUUCCCUUUUUAAACGAGUCCACAGAUCCAUCCUCCUUAGAUGUUUCAAGUUUGAGUGCAUUUGCAGUGAUGUGAGACUGAAACACCUCAGGUAACUCGAUGCUGUAUUUUUAACAUUCAUCUAUUAGUAAUAAAAGGAUCAGUAUUAGUUUCUAACUCUGUCAUGAUUUUGGCCGUACGUUUGAGUUCCUAGAAGAUCAUGUUUGUGCCUUUCUAGGACCUCCCACAUUAGUGAAUGUGCACAGGCACCAGAAACCGAAUGACACGCUCGCCUUUCUUUGUGAUGUCACACAUUUCAUGUUGCUGUCAAAUGUGGCUAAAAGAAAGUUAAGCAAAGUCUUUAUGCACUCCUCAUGAAGCAAUAAACAUCAAAUUCUGAGCAGAGAAGAACGGAUCUAAGGCAGCUGAUCAGAGAACAGUUCCUGUGGAUCCUCACGGUGGUUUGUGUGAGCAUGGCGUGCUCUCUCAGGUUCUUCUCUGCUCUUUCAGUGAGGAAAACACCAAGCUGCUGCUGUAUAGCUUCAUCAUCCUAUUCAUAGAGACCUUCUCUGUCCGUCUCUGACCUUCUGUAUUGAUCACCAUGAGAUGCAGCUUUGAAAGAAUAAAGCGGUGGAAGAGAUUCUUCACCUUCAGCUGUUUCUACCUAAUAAAACAUAUUUCUGAUUUGUGCUUUGUUGAAAAGCACCGUUGUGUUUAAGGUUAAAAAUCCAAAGGCAAACAGCAGCAGCAAAGUCCCUGGAGCUGAACAGGACCUGAGCACAGGAUGGAACCGUUUUCUUCUGUUAGAGGAGCCUAGAAACCUGACAUAUCAGGCUUGUGUAGAGCCAUGAACUCUUGACCCUGGAGUAUGCAGUCAAAGUUCUACUUUUACCAAAAUUCAAACUGUUAAUUCAUCUUUUUUUUUUAUUUCUGAAUGUCCUCAGCAACUCCUGCCCACACUGGUAGGUUGGUCAAUGUGUUAAGAGCGUGCACCAAUGUUUUCCUUUUGUGUGUGUUUCUAAUUAAACAACACAAUGGAAACACCA